AUGUCCUUUGCAAGGGAUAGAGAGCGAAGAAGCAAUGCAGGCAAUCGCAUGCGUGCUUUGCUUGAUCAAGAAGCUGAAGUCGAAGAUCUGUUUGAGCAAGAAUCCCUGAGCGAUGACGAGGACUUUGUCACCAAACCUGACGAGGAGCUUCAUGAUAUAAUCGACUCUGACUUCAAUACCGAGUCAUCGGAUGAGGAGGAGGAGCAGGAACGAGAAGCACAGCAAGAGGAUAAGGCUAUUGCAAAACAAGAACGAGAGGCGAGAAAAGCGCGAAUGCAAAGUGUUCUCCGUCAACCAGCCAAACGAAAGGCAAAGGAUACCAAAUCAGCAUCAGCAUCACAGCAGAAACGACCUCGUGAGAAACGCGUAGUCAAAGAUGUGCAGCGACAAUCAUCACGUGCUACUACUGUACGCAAUCGAUUACAUGUGGAAGAGCAAAUCAAGCAGUAUGAGAGUAAAAAGGCUCAAGUUGUGAAACGUGAUCGACCUGUUGUCAAGCAAAUGACUCAAGAAGAGUUAUUAGCCGAAGCUGCCAUCACCGAGCAAGAAAACAAGGCGUCAUUGGAGCAAUGGUUGGAAAAGGAAGCUGAAAAGAAGGCCAAGGCCAAAAAGAAGGACAAGAAGCGAAUCGUUGGACCUUAUGUACGCUAUACUUCGUUUACGGAUGGUGAUGAGCGGCCGAAGCAUCGACAAUUAUUCAUGAUUGAGCCCUCUUUGAAUGAUCCACAAAGCAACAUCCACAAUGAAAUCACCGAUCCAACCAUUGUUGCAUGGCAUAAGAAGCGGGACAUUGAAUCGAGUGAGAUGGCCGGCCGCAACCUUAUCACCUUUGUGCACCAUGAAAACAAUGACAAGGCGGAUCAUUCAUUGACAGGAUUAACGGACCGUGAACUCGACCGUGCCGAUCUUAUUCCGGAACUCGUAUCAUGGGCUGAUCGACCCCCUCGACCUUUGAAACCUACACUGUGUCCCAUCACUGGAUUGCCAGCAAAGUACAUGGAUCCAAAAACCAGUGUUCCUUACGCCAAUGCCGAUGCCUUUAAAAAGAUCAGGGCUUGCCUCAACCACAAGACGAUUUGGUCAUCCAAUAUGAAAGUUUAUGUUGGUGAACCUGCAACAAACGAUAAUCUACCGGAAAACUGGAAAAGUUUCAUGGCUGGCAAGUGCGACCCACCACCACCAAUCUCAUCUGCUCCAAAUCAGUGA